GCCCCCCAGGUGAGACAGACACGCCUUCUCCCGCACGACAACACAGUUAAAAGACCAAAAACUGGAUCUACCAGUCUCUCUAUUAUGAGUACAGAGACUCCACUCUAUGAAAACCCACACAGAAGUCACAAGGAUCAGUGGAAAGUCUCCGGUCUCCAGCCUUUUUCUUUUCUUUUUUUCCCUUGUUUUUUCACUCAGCAGGGAGGAUCUUAAACUUCAAAUCCCAGCGAGUGUAAACAACCGGCAACACCGUCGACAAGGGAAGAUAUAAACUCUCUCCUGAGGACGGAAACAUUUCCACUAACAUUUAUCCACUAACGUCGGUUAAUCUGCGGAAUAACUGAACACAAAACAGGGACGCAGGAAGAGUGGCCAAUGGAUCGGUACGAUAACCUGGAUUUGGAUUUGGAGUGUGAUGGAGGAGGCGUUGCACAAAAAGCAGCGUUAUUCGGUGGGAUGUUCAAGAAAUCCACUAAGUCUGCAGAAUCCUCUGUCCAAGCACAGGAUAAUUUAUCAGCCAGCAGUGAACUUUCAAAGAGCAACGACAGUCUGACCGACAACAACAACACCAAGGACAAAGGAGGCGUGUUCAAAGGAAUGUUUAAGAAGACGACCAAAUCUGCCAAAGAGGUUCAGCCACAGGCCACCCUGUCAUUACAAAAUCCUGAACUCUCUGACAGUAGAGACAGUUUAACAGACAACAAGAAGUCAUCAAAGGACAAACCAGGUGUUUUGGGUGGGAUACUGAAACGACCCAAACUAGGACACGUCCGGAGGCCUUCACAGGAUCUUUUGGACAAUGAGCUCUCAGCCAGUAAUGACAGUCUGUCUGAGAACACAAACACUAAGGAGUCAGGUGGGAUGUUCAGUGGGAUGUUUAAAAAAUCCCCAAAGCUUGGAGUGAGGACCCAAUCUCAGGAUGAUUUGUCUGCACCAAGCGAGCUCUCAGGCAGCAACGACAAUCUUUCUGCAAAUGGCAACACUAAGGAGUCAGGUGGGAUGUUCAGUGGAAUAUUUAAAAAAUCAAAGCCUUUCGGCGCAAGGACACAAUCUCAGGAGGAUUUGUCUGCAGCCAGCGAGCUCUCAGGCAGCAAUGACAAUCUUUCUGAGAACAACGCAAAGGAGAAAGGAGGAUUUCUAAGUGUGUUCAAGAAAAAAGCUGCCAGAUCUCAGUCUCAGGAUGAUUUAUCUGUGGAAGAUGAACUCUCUGGCAGCACGGACAGUCUCACAGAGAAGCCUUCAAAGGGUGGGGUGGCAACAAAGAUCCGGAAGAAUCCUUUCACUUCCUCAUCUCAGGAGAAGGAAAAGACUGAACACUCUGGAGACUCAAAUGAGAAUACCUCCUCCACAGAGAAACCCAAAGCCAAGCAGAACGGUUUCAGUGCAAUGAUGAAGAGCACGUUCUACACUGACAAACAGGAGAAGAACUCCGAUUCUGAUGAUGAGGAGACAUUGGACAAUGGAGAGGGCCAGCAGAGUCACAAACAGAAUAAACUUGCUGGGGCGAUGACAAAGCUGAAUCCAUUUCGAUCUGCACACAAAAAUGAGAAGCUGACAGGUUCUGAUGAUGAGGAUCCACCUGCAAGCAGCGAUAAGUCAUCAGGCAACAAACAGAACGCCAUGAUUGGAGCCAUGUCCAAACUGAAUCCAUUUCGCUCUGGAAACAAAAAAGACACUGAAGACACAGAGGCACUCAAGGAGAACGAGAAACAAGUGGAGGAGCCAAAAAUGGUCAAAAGCAACAUGAACCAGCGAGAAAGGAAAGAAAAGAGUGAAACUCCAUUGGUCCCACCCAGACCAACUGAAGAGGAAAUGAAGAGGACUUUCACAUACGACAAAGUGAAAUCAAGAGGAACUGAGGAUAAUCAUAAUCAGGAUAAAAUUGACACGACCUCCAGACAGAAAAAAGAAAAGCCUGCUGAGACUCCUGUAGUUCCUACCAGACCAACAGGGGAGGAGAUGAACAGAGGAGCGAGACGUGAUAUGCAAAAGCAGAAGACCAACCAUCAGAGCCAGUCAGAUGAUGAAGGUCUCAAACAGGAUGACUCUGCAGAGGCCAAAGACGAAGAUGAGGUGAACCCUCCAGAGAGCAAAACAGCCAAGGUGAAAAAACACACACACCAUAACCCGUUUAUGCCACGUGUUGCAGCCAAGGCUGCAUCUGAUGAUGAGGAGCUGAAAGAAGAAGAUGAAUCUUCGUCCAAAGAGGAAAAGAAAGAUGAGGAGGACAAGGACAAAAAAGAGACCAAAGUCAAGAAACCUAAGCGACACAAUCCCUUUAUGCCACGGGUCAAGGCCAAAGCUGUACAGAAGCCUGCAGGAGACGGAGCUGCAGACAAUACAGCAGAGAAUGAAGGUGGAAACAGGUCCUUGUUUGACCAGCUGGAGGACUUCCGUAUUGAUCCAGCACAGCCUGAAAAUGAGCAGGAUGUGGAGGAUCUUAUGGAAUGGUGGAACACAGUGGAGCCAUGGGAAGACACACCUCAAGAUGAUGACAUGACAGAAAAAGAAGAGGCCAAGGCGUUUGCUGUGACGGCUGAAAAGGUGCAGAAGGGAAUUCGUGUCUUCAACAAACUGUUUUCGGAGCGCGCUGAGAGUCUCUGGCAGCACGUCAUCGACCUCAACGGCAUUGCUGAUGCCCUGGACAAGUUCAACAAGAAAACAAAGAUCGCUCAAAUCACCGGCGGCUCCACCAGCGCCAUCGGGGGUGUUGCCACCAUCGCCGGCCUUGCUCUGGCCCCAGUCACUAUGGGAACCUCUUUGAUUGUGACGGCAGUGGGAUUGGGCGUUGCCACUGCGGGCGGUCUGACCUCAGCAGGUGCCGGCAUCUCCAACCAGGUCAACAACUCAAUGGACCGCAAGAAGGUGGAGAAGAUUGUGGAAGACUACCAGGAGAAGAUGGUGGACUUGAACAAGUGCCUGAAAUUCAUCAAGCAGGGUAUAGAGAACCUGCGCAAAUUUGACCUGAUCAGGAUGAAAAAACAUGCAUACAAUCGUGACUUCCCUGUGCUCAGUAGUAGUUUCUAUGAGGACGGUGCCAUGGCAGGAAAAGCUAUCCUCAUCAACGCCAAUGAGAUCAUGCGUGUGGUUCAGAUUGCCAAUAUGGCCGGCAGCACAGCAGCCAGAGCGGUGCAGAUCGCCAGCAUGGCCACUGGUGUGCUCACUGGCUUCUUCGUAGGUAUGGACAUCUACUUUGUGGCUAAAGACUCCAAAGAACUCAAGAAAGGAGCAAAGUCAGAGUUCGCUGCCAAAAUCAGGGAGGUGGCAACACAACUGCACGAUGGUCUGGUGGAGCUCAACUCGAUACGAGAGGAGCUGCAGUCCACCACACCAGAAAACAACCCUGACAAAGAUACAGCUGCUUUGGAUGAUGACAAGAAAGAGAAAGAUGAUAGAUAUGACAGUUCAGAAGAAGAUGAAAUUGACCGCAUUAAAAAAGCCAUCAAAAAGGACUAUGAGAAUCGAGAAUAUGUGUGAACAAAACUUCCAAAAGAACCGACUUGAAACUACAAUCAGACGUAUUGUGAAUGUCCAAAGAGGCGACUUCACUCUUGAUGAAAUACACAGAUUUCUAAAACUUCUAGAUUUUUCUUUUAGGUAACUGACUGCUAGGAAACCGCUCAGCAUUUACACUACAUGGAGGAACUGAGGUUUUGCGGUAGAUAUAGUAUCGUAUCUGCUUCUCAGGCAGUUAUGCCAACGUGUGAAACUGCUGUGUCGUCUAUGAGAAAGUGGGAUUUAUAUAAAUCAUGUAUUUGGAUGGUGUAGUUUUAGAUUAAUUCAAGAUAUACUAUAGGUGCAAAGUAUUUUCUAUUUGUACUUUAUAAAGCGUUGCUUAGAAGUUCAUCAAAGUUUAUUGGUUCAUAUUGAAACACUGGGGCUUUUACUGACCAGCUGUAGAGAUUGUGUAUACUCAAAGAGAGGAGUGCCUUUAUUAUUUAUAAUGCCUUUGAAAUACUAUAUGAUGCAGAGCAGCAUUAAUGUGUUUCUUCUUCUUUUUUUUCUUUUCUUUUUGUUGUUGUUUGGGAUGUCAGGGCUGCAAUGAAACCACUUCCCCUCUGCUUCAGGUUAUAGAUAUGAUGUGGGAUAUUUUAAUGUUCAGAAAGUCUUGUUUGUCUUGAUGACACUGGUCUCAUUUUGAAGAAUAAUAAACAGUAAACAGUAAUAAGUUUUGUUUUAAAGCUGCUGAGUGAGAGGAGAGAGGAGGGUGAGGAAGAACACAGUUGGGUUGCAUCAGCUGUUCAUAAGUAAAUCACUAAUUUUGAGUGUUAAGUCCUUUCUAAGUCACUAGCUAUUGCAAAAGUAGUGAUUUGCGAAAUAGGGUUUUGCCUCAAGAUGAACGUCGAGAUUGAUGAACAGACUUUGUAAUGUGACAUAAUGAAAGAUCAGUGGGGUGGCGUCCAGGAUGCCCCACAACACCCCGACAAAAAAAAUGAUGAAUGAACAUGGCAUCAGGGUUAUAUUGCCCCUUGUUGGUUUGGCAUGCUUUACACUGGGUGUUUACAAUUUCUUGACCCACCUUCCCAACAAGACACAAGAAUGUGAGCGAUGGUUGAUCAAACUUAUAGUGUUGCCAAUCUCCCGACUAAGACAAGGAAAGAAUGUAUGGCACCAUAUUUGCAUAGUCUGACAUGCUGACCAUCGUGAAAGACAAACCAAUAGUGUAGUCUGAUCCUGGCAUGAGAAACCUGUUACUGGUCAUUUAACAUUAUAUUAUUUUGUUAUCUGUGGUAAAUUCCGUUUCUUCCCAGUUUAAAUCAUUAGUAAAGAGCAUAUUGAUCAAGUGUGAAAGUCAGCUAUCGUCAUUACUUCUAAAAUUCCUAACUGGUCAUACUAGCAAGCUAACGUUAGCUGUGUCAGUUUGUUCCGUUAGCUAGACAGCAGUUACACCUGACAUUCACUUGGUGUAAAUAUUUAAUAGCAACUAAUCCCUAUAUGAGAAAUAGUCCUUGUGGAGCAAUUUAGAAGUGUUUUGUGUUCACUCAGUAAACACACACAGCUGGUGCAACCGACUCAAGGCACAGCCAUUGGUUUUUAAUGACGUUUUCUGUUGUAUUAGUUGCUUUAAUGGUUUCCAGGUGUUAAAAAAAAGAUCCUUGUUAGAUGACUGGAAUGACACAGGACUGACUCACCCUGUCCUGAAAACAAUCAUGUCCUUUAUCGGAGCAAUCAAGACUUAUUUCAAAGUCGAGGUUUGAUCUGUACUGUUGUUUUACUUCAUAUUUAUUUUCCGGUCUUAUUCUGGGUUGAGCUGGUUAUUCGGUGAUACCUAUUUUUAUGUGCAAUAUGCUGUAAAACUUUAUGUGUAAUAAAUGUAAAUGUAAAAAUUGUUAAUAAAAAGUCAGAGAAACA